AUGGUUAGGAAGUUAGAUAAUCCUGAAUAUUGCCCUAUAGCUCCAGUUCUUCCAUCAUAUAAGCCAAAGGUAAGUGAUGAGAUUCAGGAUCUUUUUGAUUCUAUUCCUAUUACCAAUAAUACAACUCCAGAAUAUACAGAGCAUAAAUUAUUUAACUUAUCUAGUGAUGCGAUUUAUGAAAAAGCUUUACCAUUAGAAAUGCCAACACAAAAUCAAUUAAUUGAUUUAGAUAAAGAGUAUCCUUCUCAAGAUAUAUGCCAUAUCGAUACUACUAUUAGUGAAACCAGCACAGUUGAGAAAAAGAUACCCGAAUUAUUAAUUUCUCUAUCUUCAGAACUUCUUAUUAAAAACAAAUCGGAUAUAGACACUCUUAUUCUUCUUUUGCAACAAAAAUUUAAUAUGUCUCAAGAAAAGUUAGAACAAUGGAGAACCAAGAUUACCUUCGAAUUACGUGAUAAUAAUAAUUACUGGAAAAAAGAGCGCGAGAGCAUGGAUGAGGUUGCUUUCUUGGAAUAUAAACGAAAUUUCGAGACUAAAAUGGGCGUUCCUACUACUCCCCAUAAAAAAGAAUUAAAAAGCCGAUUUAUGACUCUCAUUGAAAAGUAUGUUGGCAAUGACCCGUUUUCAGAUUCAUGGGUUUCUUUUGACAAGGCUAGUGAAACUUCUGAGAGUUUUUCUGACAAAACAUCCAAUGAUGCUGAUGAGCCAGAGCCUGAGUUAGAGAAUUAUGAUGAAGAAUUUGAGGACAUGGAGGAAUUCAAGAAUGCAAUGUCACAGGGAGGAGUCUGA